ACUCACAUGGGCUGAAUUUUACAGUUCAGAACACGAACAAACUAACCAAGUGAGGAAGAAGUUAUCUCGCAACUCUCAUGUUCUGCCAGGUCCUCACCGGAAGCUUGUUUUUGUAAACACGUUCAAAACAAGGAAGAAGGCGCGUGUUGAUGUUUCGUAAUGAAAACAGUAAACCUUUAAGAAAAACGACGAAAUGUUUCGGGUUGAGAAGAAGGAGGACGAAGAGCGGCGGAGGCUCGGAGGAAACCCGGACUGGAUGUCUCGUCUGCCCGAGGAGCUGCUCGAUGUCCCGCUGUGGGACCUGGCCAUCCCCGGGAGCCAUGACAGCAUGUCCUUCUGUCUGGAUGUCUCCUCUCCUGUCCUCAAAUCAGAGUCCCGCAUCCUCAGACUGAUUGACAGGCUGUUCCCCUGCUGGACUCGAACCUGUGUGUCCCGCUGGGCAACCACACAGCAGUCUGUCCUCAGUGAUCAGUGUGAUCUUGGCAUUCGUUUCUUGGACCUGCGGAUUGCCAGGAAGCCAAAAGGAGGAUUGUUCUUCGCUCACGGCAUCUACACACUGAUGACCGUGAAGGAGGCUCUGGAUGAACUGGCUACCUGGUUGGACGCUCAUCCCAAAGAGAUCGUCGUCAUUUCCUGCUCGGAUUUCGACUCGCUGACUGAUGAAGAUCACUUCAGCCUCGUGGCGUUCAUCAUCGCUCUGUUUGGGAAGAAACUCUGCUUCUCACAGGACACUCCCACGCUGCGGUCCUGUUGGUCCAGAGGUCAGCAGGUCAUUGUUUCCUAUGAUAACCAGCAGAUGGUGUUGCAGCACCUUGAGCUGUGGACUGGAAUACCUUACUGGUAUGCUGACAGCCCAGACCCUAAAAAGGUGAUUGCCUACCUGGAGGACCAGAAGCGUGGAGGAAGACCAGCUCAUUUCUACGUCAGUGGUCUGAACCUGACAGAAGACGCUCCUUACGUCAUCCUCCACCCGUUCCAGAACAUGAGGAAGAUGACGAUGAGGGCUCUCUCGCUGCUGCUCCGCUGGGCGAGCGAGCAGCGGCCCGGGUGUGAGGUGGGCGGAGUCAACAUCCUCUGCUGUGACUUCGUGGCCGCCAGUCAGUUCUGCUCGCUCGUGAUUGGCCUGAACUACAAACUGCUGGGGCGGCGUGCUCUCUGCUCAACCUGACGGCAGGAUGUCAGAUGGUUGUUACCCUAGCAACCAGACUGGAUUCAUCUUUUUGAAGAAAAUACACUACAGAAGAGAAGUGCCUUGUGAAAAUAAACUGCACUUCCAGUGAAAUACUGGAAUAUUUUCUUGUCAAUCAAAGCAUCUACGCUGUUAAUAUUAACUUUAAGCCUUUAUAUAAUCUGAACAGGUGAUUCACCCUCGGUACGGUUGUCA